AGUGUUUUAUUCCUCUUAUACAAAAACAACUCAUUGCUCUCAUUGCUUCUUGCUCUAACCACUGUGGCCUGGGUUCAAAUCCCAGGCAAAGAACUAACUGAAGGGUUAACUCCCAGUGCUGGAGCAUUCUAUCAGGAAGGGCAUCUGGUGUAAAACCUGUGCCAAAGCAUAUACACUAUUGACAAAAGUUUUGGGACACCCCCCAAAUCAUUGAAUUCAUCUGUUGUUUUUCAGGGGUUGGGCUCGGCCCCUUAGUUCCAGUGAAAGAAACUCCUAAUGCUUCAGCUUCAUACCAAGACAUUUUGCACAAUUUCAUGCUCCCAACUUUGAGGAAACAGUUUGGGGAUGAUCCCUUCCUGUUCCAUUAUGACUGCGCACCAGUGAAAAAAGCAAGGUCCAUAAAGACAUGGGUAUGCAAGUUUGGUGUAGAGGAAUGUUACGAGUCCUGACCUUAACCUGAUCUUUGGGAUGAAUUAGAGCAGAGACUGUGAGCCAGGUCUUCACAUCCAGCAGCAGUGCCUGACCUCACAAAUUCAUGAGGAAUAGUCAGAAAUUCCCAUAAACACACUCCUAAACCUUGUGGAAAGCCUUCCCAGAAGAGUUAAAGCUGUUAUAGCUGAAAAGGGGUGGGACAACUCUAUAUUAAAUUCAUGUGCAUGUACAGGCAGGCAUCCCAGUUUUGGCACAGCUCGCGGUCUCCGCUCUAAUUCAUCCUAACAGUGUUCUAUCGGUCAGGACUCACUCAUCCAUGUCUUUAUGGACUUUGCUUUGUGCACUGGUGUGCAGUCAUGUUGGAACAGAAAGGGGUCAUCCCCAGUUGGGAGCAUGAAAUUAUUCAAAAUGUCUUGGUAUAUCUGUCGGUGUCCGUCUAGACUCUGGAUACUGAGUCUGAUCGGUUGGGGGAAGAAGCUGAGGUCAAAUCCCAGCACUGCCAUUUGUUCGAUUCCUGAACAAUGACAUUAAUUAUCAACUGCUCAUCCUUAUGCUUUAACAAUUGUUUUAGAUGAAAGAAUUAGCCAAAUGAAACCAAUGUAAAAUGUUAGUAAGGGCUAACAAUCUCCCAUUUAACAUCCUUGAGCAUCUGAGAUCCUUGAGACAGGCAGCAAUAAAAAAAAUACUGAACAGGAAUUUAACUGGGCCAACAGGCAAGCGCAUCCACAAAUGAAUAAGGAGGUAGUGAUUGCUGCCUACACAAAACCCAUUAUUAUCCCAUUAUAUUCCUUUAAUUAUUCAGACAGGACCAGCCAUCUGACUGAUCUCACUCAUUCUGCUCCAGCUGAUGGAGUCAGGCCAACGUGCCUUUAACCAGGUUCGAGCUGCUCUUUGCUGUAGGCCACACAGAUUGAACAGGUCUUUGUAACACUGAGUACAAACACCCAUCUGUCUGAAUAUAAAACUGACUUUACCUCAGUAACAAGUGGCAGCUUGCAGAAGGAUAUUUAUUCUACUAUGAGGUGUGUACAGUAUGUAACUGUGUACAUGAUGAAUAAUACACUUAAAUCUUGACCUUUAAUAAAACUUCACUGUUUGCUGUGAACAUGGAGGAUUUUGUCACCUCACAUGGUCAACUCAUCAAACUCUCGAGGUUUCUGCUUUUUUAGAAACACUAAGCUGUUUACUGUUGACAUCAUUUUAGUCUGUUUAGUGAAAUGUUUUCUCAGUAUGUUUUGUGUUCUAACCACAGACAAGUAAAAAUUCAGACCAGUGUCUUUGUGAAGCUGUUAAACUGUUGCAUGAUGCUUGUUGAGGUCUGGAGGUGUGAAGAACAUUUGUACGCAAUUAAUAAGCAGUGACUUUUAGCAGUAGUUUAUAUGAGGGUGAUAUUCCUGCUGUUUUAGGUGUAGAGAAGAGAAGCUUUGAGUCUCAGAGUCUUUGAGUUUUAUUAUGUAAUCCACAACAUGACCUGUGACGCAGGUGAAGUGAAAUGGAAUUACUCUAUCCACCAUGAAGGUGAUUAUUUCUCAUAACAGCACAUCCCCAAGUGUUUUAUUCCUCUUAUACCAGAACAACUCACCUUUGAUUACAGUUUUAAAACAGUUACUAAAUGACCCAUCAUAUGUCCCAUGGUGGUCAAGUGGCAGGGUUUGUGCUCAACUGGGGUUCAAUUCCUGGGCAGAUAACUAACCCUUCCAAUGAGAGGUUAACCAAUGCUGUGUCCGGAAGGGCAUCUGGUAUAAAACCUGUGCCAAAGCAUAUAUGUGGAUCAGAUGGUUUGCUGUAGUGCUGUAGCAUUUGAAGGCCAAUACAGUUGAAUGACAUAUAAUACACUUCAUCUCUUUAUAAUCACAUUUAACCAUGUGGAAUAUCUGUGAUACCUUACAGCAGCUCCAGCAUACGUGUGUGUGUGUGUGUGUGUGUGUGUGUGUGUGUGUGUGUCAGUCUAGUCUCUGUAUACUGAGUCUGAUAGCUUAGGGGAAGAAGCUGUUACUGUGAGGGCCCAAUUACUUCGAGACCAUUUUCCAGACAGCACGAGGGUGAAGAAUUGGUGGAAGGGGUCUUCAGGUAGAUUUCUGCUCUCCAUCACUGCCUACAAACCUCAAACAUUCCUCACACACUGCUCACACACUCCCCCAUAGUGUGUCAGGAUGAAGUUUCUUGCUCUGGUGCUCCUGCUCUCCACUUUCUCCUCACUGACCCUGAUGGAGGUUGUGAAGGAUUUUGCACGGUCUUCUUGUUCCAAGUUCUUCAUCCGAAGCCCAAAUAGUAAACCUGUCAUCACCCCAACUGUUUUCAAGGGCUAUCAGUAUAAGAAGAUUUGUCAGCGCUGGAACAAGAAAUAUACAUUCGCCACGCUGUAUGACAUCAAGCAGAGGAUCCCCGUCUACUCAGCCUACACGUUCUCGGGUGAUGGUCCGAAACUGGAUCAGAGCAAGAGCGAGUGGAAGAAUGAACCUCAGCUGGAAAACAUGAGCAACGGUCCAGACAUGAGGGAGAUCUCCGAUGCUGAGAUGGACGAGUUUUUUCACCAGGCUGUGAACAGAGACUAUAGAGACAGUGUAAAAUCCACUAAUAUUUCUUAUACUAGAGGUCACGUUUUUCCAAACGGAUAUGCUGCUGAUCAGGAUCAGGCAGAUUCCACCUACACAUUUACCAAUGUAGCACCACAAACAAAACCCAGCAAUAAUAAAUGGGCAGAACAAGUAGAGGAGCCGAUGAAGGGAGUGAUAAAGAAUAAGUGCAAACUAAAUGAUUCAAACCCGGCUUUUAUAGUGACCGGAGUGGUUCCUGGGAAUAAGUGGAUAAAAAUUAAGCGGUAUGCAAAACGUACAAUUAAAACGUUUAAGGAAGGCGUUAACAUUCCCAGUUUUUACUGGACUGCGUUUUGUUGUUACAUCAAGGAAAAGACAACAUUUUCAGGAGUCUACCUUGUUCGGCAAAUUGAACCAAACAACACACCUGAAAAAAUUCCAAAGAAUGUUGAUGAGCUGAACCAACGCCUCAGCAGUCUGUAUAACAAAGAUUUCAAAGUAUUUAGUAAUUUGUGCUUAACUUAAGUACAGUCCGAGCUCGUUCCAUCUGAUUCUCCGGUUUGACUUGAAACUGCUUUGUCCACUUCUUCAAAAAAACUUUUAGAAUGAAUCAGAGUGUCAGAAUUUCAGAAACAGAAUUUGGUGUGCUUUAAUACGCUUUCAGAAAUAUUUUUAACAUGCUUUAUGGAUGAAAAAGCUCUUACAAACACAGCGUGUGUGCUGGUGAUGUAGUGAAAUAAUCAGUGACAGGUCAGGGGUGGUGCGAUGACACCGAGUUACACUUUUAUACAUUAAAGAAAUACUUUUAAUAGCUUUGUAGAUACGUUGACUGUUUUUUAAAAUGAGUUGUGUAGGAUACAGACAGAUACCAAGCUUCUGUAAAAUUGGUACAUUUCCCUUUGUUGAUUCUCCUGCAGAUCUUUAAUAAAACUUUUCUGU